AUGACCAGGAUCAUGCUAGAAUGCAAAUGCGUGAGCGCGUGGCUCAGUGGUAGAGGGGACGACUCGGACCCCGAGUUGGGGUGGGGGCUAAGCACAACUCCCACUAACCGAGGGAUUAAUGCCGGGGUAGAGCCCACUACUACUGGAUUCAUGGUCAGAGUGUUCUACACGGGAUAUCGUAAUAAUGGACUUAACAUUGAGGACAUGUAUCGGUGCCCCCGAGACGAUGAGUCGGCCCGUAUUGUUAAAAACCUGGAGAGGAAUUGGAUUCUCGAGUGUCGAAAACGGUGUCCAAAAUUUUGGAAAGCGUUGUAUCGGACGUACUCUAAAUAUUAUUGGUUGGCACUCGUUGUAUAUACAUUUGAGGAAUGUGUGAUACGUAUCGGACAACCAAUGCUAUUGGGUAUUGUGAUUGACUUUUUCAGCGACACCGGGAAUAUCACGUAUAUGCAGGCGUGUGUGGCCGCCGGUGGUGUGUGCCUGUGCUCAGCCCUGUUGACCACAAUCCAUCACCCUGCACUUUUUAUGCUGUUUCGUAUGGCAUUGAAAAUGAGAAUCGCCUCUUGUACCCUCAUGUAUAAAAAGUCUCUAAAACUGAGCCGGGCAGCGGUGGCCGAAACAACUGUGGGUCAAAUUGUGAACCUAAUGUCCAACGAUUUCACAUUUUCGGCCUGUUAUUUGAUUAUAGGACCGAUACAGACAGCGGUCGCCAUAUAUAUAAUGUACGGUUAUGUGAGUUACUAUUGUUUCGUUGGCGUCGGACUAUUGGCGCUAUUAAUACCGUUUCAGACAUUUAUGGGCAAACUUUUCUCUAAACUGAGGUCACAAACGGCAAAGUUAACGGACAGUCGUUUGAAAUUAAUGAAUGAAAUAAUCACUGGUAUGCGAGUCAUUAAGAUGUAUGCUUGGGAACAGUCAUUCGCCCGACUCGUGGACACCGCCCGCAAGAGCGAGGUGGGUCGUAUUCGGUUAGGAUGCUUCCUAAAGGCGAUCAAUUUGUCCAUUUAUUACGCGGCCUCACAUAUAAUACUAUUCGCAGUAUUCAUAACAUACGUACUGACGGGUAAUGUAUUGACAGCCAAAGCGGUGUUUGUGUCGAUGUCUUUGUUCAGUACUUUGCGGACAACAAUGACUUUACAAUUUCCUGAUGCCAUCCGAACCACCGCUGAACUACUGGUCUCCUGUCAGCGCAUACAAGUAGUGUUGACACAUGUUAUGACAUUUCUAGAGUUGGAAGAAAGGGAUGAAAGUCCGUUUCCAACCUUAAAGAAUAUAUCGCUUAAUUUAAAUCCGGGCGAUCUCUUGGCUGUGAUCGGACCGGUGGGCGCCGGAAAGAGCUCACUAUUGAUGACCAUUUUGAAAGAACUACCGCUUCUGUCGGGAAGUAUAGAAAUUGUAGGAUCGAUAAGCUAUGCCUCUCAGGAGUCCUGGAGUUUCAAUACUAGUGUUCAAAAUAAUAUACUUUUUGGUGCCGAAUAUAACGAAUCCCGAUAUAAGCGAGUGGUAGAGGUGUGCGCUUUGGAGCGAGACUUCGAGAUAUUCCCGUUCGGAGACAAGACAUUAGUCGGUGAGAGAGGGGUACAGCUGUCGGGGGGACAGAAGGCCCGCAUCACGUUAGCCAGAGCUCUGUACCGGAACUCAGACAUCGUAUUAAUGGACGACCCGUUGAGUGCUGUCGACACUAGUGUUGCCGAACAUAUAUUUGAUAAGUAA